AUGAUAAGUGACGAUUUAACUCUAGAAAAAAUAGAUUUCGAAUGGGUAAAUAGUCAAACAAAAGUUGCUCCACUUAAAAAGGCUUUAAAACUCUUGGAAUUAGAUGGGAAUUAUUACACUGAUUUGAUCAAAGCUGUGGAGGAAAAAUUGGUUUCCAUCGAUCCAAAAUAUACUAAGACAUCCGAAGUUGUAAUUGACCCAGUGGUAAAGAAGCAAGCCUAAAUAGAUGUUGAGAAAUGGGCUGAGAAUCCCACUUUGGAAAAAAAUAAGCGAUUGGCUGAGUAGGAGAAAAACAAGGGGAAUGAAGCCUUGAAAUCAAAUGAUUUUAAAGAAGCUAUCAAUUAUUAUACUUAGUCAAUUCAAUUUGAUAGACAAAUGGCUCCUUCAUAUUGUAAUAGAGCACUCGUUUAUUUGAAACUUAAGGAUUAUUAGAAUGUGAUCACUGAUUGUGACUAUGCUAUUGCACUACAACCUGAUUACACUAAGGCUUAUCACAGAAGAGGGAAGGCCUACUUUGCCCUUAAGCAAUACGACAAGGCAUACCUAGAUUUUAAAUUUAUUCUUCAAGUAGAACCAGACAACAACGAAGUAAAUGGAGAAUUGAGAGAAUGCAGAAAGUUUUUAACAGAACAAUAAAUCAAUUCAGCAGAAAACAAAUAGUUUAUAGAAAAAUAGGGCGGAUUCAAGAAGGUGCAAAUAGUAGAAGAAGAUGAGGAAGAGGAAGAAAUUCCAAUUUCUAAACAAAAACAACCUGACUUCAGUAAGGAAUACGAUGAGAUUAUGAGCAAAAAGAAUGAAAUCACAAAUAGAAUACAAAAAGGAGCUUAUUCAUAAUCAAUUGUUGAAUUGAUAGAAUUAUUAAAGGAAAAUCAAAAGUAUAUUGACUAACACAGAUUUGUUGAAUUAAGAGCAGUCUUAUUAAGUAACUUAGCUUAUUGUCACUUACAAUUAUAAGAGUAUCAAAAAGUGAUUGAAUAUUGUGGAAACAUUUUAGAAGAUAAUAUUGCAUGGGAUAUAAAGACAAAGGCAUACCUGAGAAGAGGAAUGGCAUAUGAAAGAUUGGAUAAGGUUGUUUUGAGCAAGUUGGAUUUCCUAAGAGUCAAAGAUCUUGAUCCUGGAAAUCAAUAAGCCUCAUAAGCACUCCAUAGACUGUCAAAGAUUAUGAGUUAAGAAGAAAAUAACAAAGCAGCUAAAAUCAGAGAAGAAGAACAAAAUAAACAAGAAAUUGGUUAGUAAUCUAGAAAGGUUGAAUAGCCAAUUCAAAAAAAGAAAGAAGAACCUCAGAGUAAUUAAUAAUAACCAGUCACAACAAAGAAACCAAUUCAAGAAGUUGAUGAGGGAUAAAAAUUAUAAUUAUCUGAUGCUGAAAUCUCAAUCUAACUUGGAAAAUUGAAGGAGUAAGGAAACGGUCACUAUAAGGCUUAAGAAAUAGAGAAGGCUAUAUAAGUGUGGGGUGAAGGAAUCAAGUUUUACGAAGCAAAUCCAGCUCCUUCUUAGAUUCACCUUUAUUACUAAUUAUUAACAAAUUCUUGCUUAUGUUUGAGUCAAUUAAAUUCUAAUAACCAAGUAAUUGAAUUAGCAAGUAAGGUACUUGUUAAAGAUUAAAACAAUCAAAAAGCUUUGUAUAGGAGAGGUGUUGCUUAUGCAACAUUAGCUUAAGCUUCCCAGAAGUUGGAAGAAUAAAACGAGUUAUUUGAAAAUGGAAGAAAGGAUUUAGAGAGACUUGUUUAUUUGGAUUCAGAAAAUAAGCAGGCAAAAGAAAAAUUAUUGGAGGUUUAAAAAUAACAUGCAGAAUGCAGAGUAAAAUUAAAAAAGAAUCAAGAAUCAUAACCAAGAUAAGAUAAGAAAGAUGAAUAAAACAAUUCAUAAUAAGAGAAAACAGAAUAAUAAUAAGCGAAAGGCUAGUAACCUAAAUAGAAGAGUGUUAAUUAAUAAUAGAUAGAUUAAAUCGGAUAAAAUUUAACAGUUAAUGUGAUUUAAGAUUUAUUGAAUAAGAAACAAUUGCCAGAAACUGCAACCAUAUUUGAGAAGAACAUGAAUACAUUCAAGAAGGCAACUCCUUCUUAAAUCAUUGACUAUGUAUUUUAAGUUGAUAAUCUUUAAUAAUUGUAUUCCAAAAAAGAUUUGCCUACAGACAUCUUAUUCUUAAUCAUAAAUGCAGGAUUAGCAUUAAAAUAAGAUAAUAGUUACAAUGAAAAAUUGACAACUAUUCUAAGAGAUCGUCUACCAAAAACUCACAAAUUUGAUUUAUGUGUAAAUAUGUUUACAAAAAAAGAGAAAGCAUUAAUAAAAGAAUUAUUAGAGUGUCAUUCACUUAAUGACUUGUUUAGUAUAUAUUAAAUAAAGUGA